AAAAGAGAAGAAUUUGUGCGGUGACGCAGGCUUGUUUACGACAGAUCAUUGUUGCUAACCUGAAGCUUCUUGUUCGGAUGUUUAGCUCUUCCAGGGCUCACGGGUUUCUUCCGUGAGAUGAAGAGACGAUGUUGGCCAGUUACGGUGUCUUACAAUGGUCUCCUGUUACUAAGGUGUGGUGCAGCAGAGGCACAUCUAAAAGUUGCAGGGCAGUGGCCCUCCAGGACUGGAGUUUGACACCUGUGACUGAAAGGGUCUCACAAGAGUAAUGUGCAGGAAACAGUGAUGCUAUAGGAGAUUCAGGCAUUGCCUUCAUCCUUCAUCCAAGAGGGGAGAGCUUUCCUGAGAAAUGGCAACUGAACUCCACGAGACUAUAUUCAUGGCCAAGCAGGAGCGUCACAAAAACCUGUUCCUGAACUACAAAAACCUGAACAUUUUUCCAGUAGAGCUGCUAAAAGAUGAAGGACUACAGUUUCUGGAGAGAUUGUACAUGAAGAGAAACUCGCUGACUACACUGCCUGAUAAUCUUGCUCAGAAGCUCCCGAAUCUUAUAGAAUUGUACCUUCACUCAAACAACAUCGUCAUUAUUCCUGAAGCUAUUGGAAACCUGGCACGACUGCAGUCACUGGACCUGAGCAAUAAUGCCCUCCAGAUGCUCUGCCCAGAGAUUGGGCGUCUGAGGUCUCUGCGACACCUGAGACUGUCCAAUAAUCAACUCAAAUGCCUUCCACCAGAGAUUGGUGAUCUGCAGGACCUGGAGACCCUCGACUUGGCUAUGAACCAGCUAAUGUCUCUUCCGGACCGCCUCCACCGCUGCCUCUCCCUGCAGAACCUCACAGUGGACCACAACCUUCUGAGUCAUGUUCCCCGCCAGCUCUGCUGGCUGCACCGCCUCAACCAGCUCUCCAUGGCGGCCAAUCGCCUAACCUUCCUACCACUCGAUCUGGGCAGAUCCCGAGAGCUGCAGUUUGUGUUUGUAGAUAACAACGUGGAUCUGAAAGGCCUUCCCUCCUAUCUGUACAACAAGGUCAUCGGCUGCAGCGGGUGUGGCUUAUCAUCUCAGGCUCUGGAGGGGGGCAGCAUGGGUGAGGUACUGACUGAGGCCCUGGUGGGGCUGCCGGCUGAAGUGAAGGUGAUUGGUUCGCAGACGGAUAACGUGGUUCCGCUGGAAGAGCUGGCUAUGAGGACUAUGCAUCGCAUCUACCAUCACCGCCCAGCAGGCCUGAACUUGCUGCCUCCCAUCAUCCUCCCAAAGAGCCUGCUGGACCUGCUGCAGUUCCCUCUGGGUCACUGUCACCGUUGCAGCCAAGCCAUGUUCACCAUCAUCUAUCCCAAGCUUUUCCCUCUGCGUGACACGGCGCUGGCCGGAGUCCACCGCAGAACAACUGUGAGUUUUGUGGCCUACUGCUGCUCUAGUCGCUGCCUCCGGACCUUUGAUCUGCAGGGGUGACAUCACUUCUCUUCUUUGUGAUCUGUCUGCGCUCAUGAAGGUGACAGAUGAUAUCCUGUCAUUUGUGAUGAGGCGCUGAGCGUCGGAGGCGUCCUGUGCAGGAACUCUGUUCAUCAUUACGACAAAAAGAACCACAGAGAAACUCUUGCCUUGUGACCGACAGACGUACUGCUCCUUGGUUAACACUAGAGCUCUUUGAACAAAGAUUCAAAGCGCUCAUGAUGUUCUUAUGUCUAACCACCGAGAAGUAGAAUAUUCUUGUGUGUCUGUGGUUGAGGAGGGAUCAGUGUGCUCCAUCACUAAUCGGGUUGGAUCUGAGGUAACUACAACACCCCCCCACUCGCAUCGAAGCACUUUAUAGAGCAAACACUUGGAUUUUUGUGAAAGUUUUGAGUCAUUUUUCACAAAAUGACUCAAAUGUGCCUGCAAAGUUUCCUAUAGCAGGCACAUUUAUUUCUUUAUGGAGUAUAACCAAAUGUUGUGUGUUCUCAAGAAUAUUUGAAGGUUGUUAUUUAAAUUUAUGUUUGAUGUGUAAUUUUAAAGCGGUGAGUAUAAGGCUUUGUUCAGUUACCCAACAGAAGGCAAAUACUCAGGUCUCUGUGCAGAAGUCGUGUAUCCAAUUAUAAGGUGCAAUGUUACAUUCAUACUCAAAAUUAUAGUGUCCAAAAAAAAAAAAGCCAGUUAAAGUUGCAAGACCAAACUGUUCCCUUUAAAUGUUUUUUCUUCCCACUGGUUCUUCAUUUGUUGCACAAGUUGCAGGAUUUCUUAUGGCUUUAUCUGUACAUCAGGUUUUUAAAAAUUAUCAUCCUAGAAACAGUUUCCUUCCACCAUCUAAAACAUUAAGAUAUCUCAUUUUGACAAAAGUUACAUGAACCAGAAAGCUAACACAAAAUACGAAAAAAAUAAAACGCAAUGCUAGUUAUUUCUACUCCACACACAUUUUAAAUUUUGUUUUUGGUGAAAACUGUGUGACUGUCUGGCUGCACUGACGCUUAGAUGUUGUGAAGUUCAUAUUUGUUGUUUGUUUUGGCAGUAAAUGUUGUCUGAUCUUUGA